AGGAGUAUAACGCAUGCGCAGACCUGGAAAACUCAGCUCCCCAGUCCUCAAUUCACUGUGGUUUACAGUCUCGCUGAAUGCUUCCGGCCGGAGGCAGGUGCAGAACCAGGUCCUGCCACACCAAGCCAUGUCUUCCACGAGCACCUGGGCUUUGCUCCGUCUCCCUGCACCACUGAUCAAGAUAUGCUCUGGGAAGUGGGGGCUCAGGCUUCAGAAGCCAGCACUGCUCUUCCCAGGAAUGGCUGCCGGUGCAGUACAAGUGGCAGGCAGGAAGGACUAUCCUGCUCUGCUUCCCCUGAAUGAGAGUGAGCUCGAAGAACAGUUUGUGAAAGGGCAUGGUCCAGGGGGCCAGGCUACCAACAAAACCAGCAACUGUGUGGUGCUCAAACAUGUGCCCUCCGGCAUUGUGGUCAAGUGCCACCAAACACGAUCUGUGGAUCAAAACAGAAAGAUAGCUCGGAAAAUCCUCCAGGAGAAAGUGGAUAUUUUCUACAACGGUGAAAACAGCCCAGUUCACAAAGAGAAGCUCGAGGCUGAGAGGAGAAAGCGAGAGAAGAAGAAAAGAGCAAAGGAGACUCUAGAGAAGAAGAAGUUGUUGAAAGAACUAUGGGAAGCAAGUCAAAACAUCACCGAGAAAAAGGCCGAUGCUGAUGGCAUACCAAGAGACUUCCGGGAAUAAAGGUGGCAGUGCCUGGCUCCAGCAUUGGAACAUCUAAAGAGAGCAUUCUGGAACUGGGCAUGCUGGUGUAUACCUACAGUCUCAGCACUUGGGAGAGCUAAGGCAGGAGGAUUGCUGCAAGGUUCAGAACAACCGCACCUAUAUAGCUAGUUCUGUAGCAGCCUUUCCUACACGGUGAGACUGUCUCAAAAUACAUAAGUAGGAGCUGCAGAAUUGAGCCUGCUGAUCUUGCAGAAGACUAAAGUGCAGUUUCCAGUACUUACAUAGGGUUGCUCACAACCUACUGCCUGUAACUGCAGCUCCAGGAGAUCCAGUGCCGCCACCUGGCCUCCACAGGAUAACAUACACUCAUAUAGACACAUAAAUAAUUUUAAGAACCUUUUAAAAAUAAAUAUUCCUCUGAUGGACUUAACAAAGUUUUUACCUGCAUGUACACAUGCAUGGCAGAAAAGGGAAUCAGAUCCCAUUACAGAUGGUUGUGAGGCACCGUAUGGUUGCU